GUCAUUUGACGCAAAGCUUCUGUUUGUUGGUAAAGUUGAAAAAAGAUGCAACUCUUUUGAGAGCAGACCCGCGUUGAUUUUAUCAGAAAAUUUCUGCUGUUUAAGUAAUAAAACAUGUCGAAAAAUCGUGCACAAUACGAUCCGGAUGCUCCGGUCGGUCUGAUGCCGUUGAUCCAAGCGCUCAUCAAGCCGCCAGAUUCCGGAGAACCGAAGCCGAUUUGCAAAAAGACAACCCAUUCGUACUACAAGAAGCCUGGCCGUGGACACAAUAACGAUACUUGUGACGCUUGCGGCGAGGGAGGAGACCUGAUCUGUUGCGAUCGCUGCCCUUCCAGUUUUCAUUUGGGAUGCCAUGAUCCCCCGCUGGAUGAAACAGACAUUCCCAACGGUCUUUGGAUUUGCCAUACUUGCAAAAUGACAGAAGCAAAUCCAGCUCUGAAAGCGCUGAAACCGGAUUUGAAACCGACCAAACCGAAUCUCAGCCGGAUGUCCGCGAGGAAACGAUCACUCCAAUCGAAGGAUCCCAGAUUGUCAAGAUCAAAAAGAUGCGCAAUCGAAGCAAUUCACGAAAGAACUCGGCGUCCAGCGUUUCGGCGGAAAAAAUUGUUCACGCCGAAAGACGAUGCAUUGGAAGGAGUCACUCGCAUCAAAGAGCCUGAAGAUAACUCACAGCUGACGCCUUUCGACCAACUUAUUCGCGCCGCUCGCAUUUUGAACCCUCGCCAAUUUGAAUUGCCGCGUGAGAUGAAUGUCCACUUUCCUUUCCCGGGGACAGAGAAACAAGAUUCUACUCUGAAAAACGGAAUCCCGAAAAGAGGCCCCAGAGGCCGAAAGAUCUAUGAGUUGGACGGCCAAGGCUUAGUACCGCUUCCGGCAAAGACUUGCCACGCUUGUGGCAAAUCGUGUCGCAGGGCACCGCUGAUCGCAUGCGAUUAUUGCGAUCUAUUCUUCCACCAGGACUGCCUCGAUCCUCCUUUGACGGCUCUGCCAACAUCGAUGUGGAUGUGCCCCAAUCACGUGGAGCAGUUCAUUGAUUGGAAACUGGUAAACUCUGUAUCUGCGAGCGAGCGGAUCAAGCUUUGGAACCAAUUCAAUGCCAAUAUGGAUCAAGAUACCGUGAAAAAUGAGUUUUUCCGCAAAGUUCACCGCCGUAAUCCGCCGUUUCGCGUCAGGCAGAAGCCGAAAGUUCGAGAUCGCGUUGAAGUUCCUCCGGUGAUUGAGUUUCACUAUCAGAACCCUCCAAACUUAUUGCCAUCGCUACGGGAAUUGUUGCGCGCCAAGAAAUACGACAGUUUCACAGAUGCAGCCCAGCCGGUAUAUGACGAUUCCCAGUUGCUAACGAUGAUAGAUUCUGAGUUGAAAGCAAUCAGUGUAGCGGACGACCAGAUUGAUAAAAUGAUACACGUUCCGGUCAGCACAGAUGGCCACAGUGCAGAGGAACACGAAGUUGCUACCGAGGAGGAUGCAUCAUCAAAGCCCAAAACCACUGCCAGAGGCAAGAAGCACAAGGCAUCGCCGAAAAAGGGAGGCAAAGCGGAUGACACAGGCAGUCCAGCAAUCACUGAUAGCGUGAAAUCAGCGACGAAAGCCGCUACGGAUGAGAAAAUUGAGGGAGAAUCACCGUGCAAGAAACUAAAAACCGAACUGCUGGAGGAAGAGGCAUUACAACUGCAAAAAAUUAAUGAAAAACUACAAUGUCUGGAUGAAUCGUUGAUCAAAAUACUUGCCUAUCAAAGGCUACAGCAGAUAGUGUCCCAUAGCAGUGAGGCGAUGCAAAACGUCUCCGCAAGUCUCUCGUCGAAAAAGGUUCGAGAGAUAAUGAAGUCCGAAAAACCUGUCAAGUCGAUACCACUUCCCAGCCAACUGCUAACAAAAGAUGACAUCGAGCGAAUUGCAAGAGAAUUCACCAGUCCAAGGCGUGACUACAAUACGCUGGAGAGUGUCAGUGCUGCUGCAGUUGUGUCUCCAAUCAAGGAGGAACCCAAAGAUGAACCCCAGUCGGACGAGGUUCCGCAAACAAAUGAACAGAAAGUAUACCUGAUGGCGAAGAACCUGGAAAAACAUGUGACUAACAUCGACAUUCGAGUUCGAGCGGUGAUAACUCCGGUGGAUGUCAACAUGCCUGGCUGUAGCUGGUUCGAGAACCCAGAUCUGUCGCGAUCUAUCUUUAUGCGAUAUCGUUCUUUGUCGAUUGGAAGUGGCCAAGGCAAUGAUGUACAGCUCUCGAACUAUGGCAACUGCCGUUUCGUAUCCGACAAACAUGCUACUAUCUUUUACGACGAGGUCACAAAAAUGUUCGAGCUAUUGAACUAUUCUGAAUUCGGAACCGUGGUGAACGGACAGCUUUUCACGUGUGAUUUUACUGAUCAUUCGAUUGAAGUCAAACCGGAACCACCUGCUGACGGAGGACAUCAUCAUACCACGAAAAAGACGAAGAAAGAUGAUCACGACGACAGUAACAAAGAUAAGAAAUUGGACAAACAAAAAGUUCGUCAGGAUGUGCUGUCUCUCAUGGACAAGUCUCGCCAGUGCAAACGAGAGAAAUACGAUUUUCUCUCUUCCACAAGCAUGGCGGAUAUUACCCAAACCGGUUGCGGCUGUGUCGGUCCUAAUCCGAAAAUUUCCGGCUGGGAAGGAACGGCUAUUCUCUAUCAAGGUGCGGUCGUCAAGUUUGGAUGUCUAUCGUUUGUUUUCACGAUCACCAACUACGACAACAAUACGGAAGAAUUUGAAGAUACGGACGAGUCAUCGGACGAGGAAGAAGAAGCAGAAAAGUAGAAUUGCAAUUUCUAGUUAUGACUUGCUUUCGUUUGAAUUGUCUUUUGGAAAACUAUCCUACUUCGUAAUACUUCUGCUUCAUGUUUGUGUAUGAUCAUAACUUUAAAGAUACAAUAAAAGUUCAACCUCUUA